ACGAAAAUGCCACUGUGUUGUCUUUGGCUAUCGUGAGCAAUGAAUCUUCAUUUUCUUCGAUUUUAUUAUAUUAUUGUGUUUAAAACGGGAAAAUUUACCCUGUGAAGUUUGAAAUAAUGUACGCAUGAGUGAUUGGUAGUGAAAUUUUCCUAUAGGAAAAGCUUCUUACACAGAAAAAAGACAAUUUUGCUUAGUGACAGGUAGAGCUGCACCAGCAUUGGGGGCGUCAUCUUUUCACCUCAAUUUUUUGUGAACGAGCAGAGCAAUCAGUACUAUGGCUCCGCAGCCGUUGGAGCAGGGAGGAGCUAUUACCAGCUUUAUCCCAACCGGACAGGAAAUGACACAACGUCAAAAUUUGAUUCCGCUGGGGCGAUUAAUUGAUUUUAUAAUCCAGCGUACGUACCAUGAGCUAACGGUACUAGCAGAGCUCCUACCGCGUAAGACGGAUAUGGAACGCAAAAUCGAAAUAUACAACUUCUCAGCCAGUACCCGUCAGUUGUUUAUUCGUUUGCUAGCUUUGGUCAAAUGGGCUAAUUCAGCAUCAAAAGUAGACAAGUCAGCUAAAAUUAUGGGAUUUCUGGACAAACAAUCACUGCUAUUCAUCGACACAGCCGAUAUGAUGUCAAGAAUGGCUCGUGAAACGCUGGUCAAUGCUAGACUCCCAAAUUUCCACAUUCCCGCUGCCGUAGAAAUAUUAACAUCGGGCACGUAUUCACGGCUACCAUCGAUUAUCAGAGAACGUAUCGUGCCACCGGAUCCGAUUACGCCAUUGGAGAAACGACAAACACUACAACGUUUGAAUCAGGUCAUUCAACACCGACUGGUCACUGGAAACUUGUUGCCACAGCUCAGAAAGUUUAAAAUUGAAAAUGGAAGAGUUACCUUCAAGGUUGAUCAUGAAUUUGAAGUCUCGCUGACUGUUAUGGGAGACGGGCCCAAUAUUCCGUGGCGCUUGCUAGACAUUGAUGUUCUAGUGGAAGAUAAAGAAACCGGGGAUGGAAAAGCUUUGGUACAUACCCUUCAGGUUAAUUAUAUCCACCAGUUGAUUCAGGGUCGCAUAGUGGACAGCUCAGAUGCCUUGGCUGAGGUUUAUAAUUGCUUGCACUAUUUCUGUCAGUCGCUACAGCUUGAGGUUCUCUACACACAAACGCUUCGCCUAAUGCGUGACCGUUUGGAUGACAACAUUCACGUUGACGAGUACAUUCCCGGCACGAAACUAACGGUGUCCUACUGGCGGGAACUGACAAAUAAGGAUCCAAAAUCGGAGCUUGGCUACCGUCUGAUGAUUCAGACUGACCAGAAUGAUUCCGCUAAACAGCUGGCAAUUCUCCAUGUGCCAUCGAUUGGUAACAAAGAAGCUGACAUUGCGGAUCGUGCUGUGCGUUCCGAUUUGCUAUCGAUGGAACGCCUUCUGGUCCAUACCGUUUAUGUACGAUCUCUUGCUCGAUUGAGUGAUUUGAAAGCAGAGUUCCAACUUUUCCUGAAAGACGUUGACUACAAUAUUCAAGGGACGCCAGCCAUGUUGACGGUUCCGGUAUUGAAUCCAUGCCUUCGGGCCGAACAAAUCUAUAUCACCGUAGACACGCACACCGGAAUGUUGCGCUGUCACGUACCGAAACACUUGGAUUGCCCUAUCAUGCCGGAAAUGCAGCAUUCAUUGAACAACGAUCGCAGUAAACUACAACAUCUGGUUUCGGAAUUGCGCUAUUGGAUCACUCAGAGGCGAUGCGAGAAAACAUUACAGCAUCUGCCGGCCACCACGCAGGAACGUUUACCGUUGGUGUUUGCUCCUAAUCACCCGAUCGAAAAAGUUGGACCGCACAAAGUUUACAUUCAACUUUACCGGCACUCGAAUGUUAUUUUAAUAGUGCAACUGAAGGAGCGCGAUAAUUGCCCGAACGAAAUGACGUACACCUUCUUUUUGGUUCUGGUGAAACCUUCGUCAGUAGAAGACAGUCAGUCACAGGAUUCCGAUCAUCCGGGUGGUGCAAACGCAAGUUCGGUCAGUCAAUCCGGUCCGGGAUCGGUACCACCGGGCGGUCCACCGAGUGUAUCAAGUUCUACCGCAGGCACCGGUUCAUCGUCAGCAGUGGCUAGUGCUGAAAACGAUGGAAUUCCAAAAAUGUAUCUCAGAGUUGAAUCACUAAUUGAAUUCGAUACUUUCGUGGCUACUCACGGCCCCGGGACGUACAUCGAUGAACAAUCGGGCGGAAUGAAACGAAAGUUAAGUGGUUCAGAAGGUUUCAUUUCCAAGCAGCAGAAAAUCAUUUAUCCGGCUUAUUUCAUACCAGAAUUGGCCCACGUGGUUGCGAUGUGUGAUGAGAAACUUCCGUUUGUUGCUCUAGCGAAAGAACUUACCCGUAGAAGGAUUCCUCACGGUGGUCUACAGGUUGAGGCCAACGCUACAUCGCUGGUUCUGAAACUUUUAACUCUACCUCAGCCAAAACCACCGCUAGUACCGGUUUCCCAUGCAGCAGCCAACGCCCAGGGCGGCCAAGAUCAGAAACCACCCGAACCAAAGGAAAUUAGUGUCCCAAAAAUCGAAAAAGAAGUUUGGAAUGCUUUGCUCAGAAGAUUACUGUCUGUCUCCGUUCGGGCUCAAAUCAACAAAGGAAAUCAGACUCGGCUGUGGACAACGGAAUUGGUGUUCUACGGGACACCUUUGCCGAGUACUCACCACAAAGAACAGGGCAUGCGGCGUGCAGUUUAUUUGCAGUACGAUAUGCUUCCGGUAGAUGCAGUCGACAGAAUUGUCAAUAUGAUACUGAACGACUGGUCGAAGAUAGUCUAUCUUUACACGUUGGUGCAUGUUUUCGGUGAACACAUCAAGAACGAUAAGUACAGCCUGCAUAACAUCGUCACUAUAAAAUCCUACAGCUACACAAGUCUGUUAUUGGCGUAUGGACCAAACAAGGAAGUGAACGUAAAUAUCUAUUGGGAUAUCGAAGCAAAAGAGUUCAAAAUGGUGUUCACCGGUGGAAAUAGCGCCAUUAACGCACAUUCAAUGAUGCGAGACCAGCUGCAAGCUCAUCUAAAUCACAAUUAUGAUCUUGCACAAGUCGUACAUUUGUUGCACGAAACAUACCAACCGCUAAGCUCGAUCGCAAAAUUACCUAUCAUCCCACAUCUAGCGAUUCUUCAAUCGCCCAAAAUCCCUGUACUAUCAUUCUGCAUCAUACCUCAAUCUCCAACGCUACUCAGAAUAUCUUUUCAAGGAGUCUACUGUCUGGAGAUCCGUUUUCGUGGAAGUGGUCUAUGUUCGAUUCGGGACGGAGCCUACAGCCGAUUCGAUCGCAGUCACGUUGUCGAAGAAUUCACACCCACCCAAGGCUUGAAGGGUUUCCUGUCGAAAUACGUGGAUGAGUCAGCUGUCUACCGGAGACGUUCACAGUCGGAAGAUGAUAAUCCACCCUCUCCGAUUACGAUGGAGGAUCCUCACGGUGGACCGGCUUCGGUCGGAUCAACGUUUCUUGGCGGUAGCAGUAUGCGAGGUCCUCAAAGUCCACGCGAUCCGGGCCUUCGUUUUGCAGCACCUCUGACACCACCGUCAGGAUCGAAUCCACAUACGCCGGCUUCUCCACACCCGCAAGGAAUGGGAGGAACUCAGAAUCAUCCGAAUUUCAAUAUGACAUCUCCACCAGCCCCACACAUGCCUCAUCCUUCUCCCAGUGGAGGCCUGAUGCCAUCAUCCCCGUUGAAUCCACAGCCAAGCCCGAUGGCAGCUCAUUCUCCCGGACCAUCUAAUAUUCCCUACAUGCAGCAGCAUACGGACGGUAGCCCAUUUGCUGCUCUGUCCCCAGCUGCAUCUAAUUGGCCUGGUUCACCUGGUAUGCCACGGCCUUCACCACGACCAGGUCAAAGUCCAGACCAUAAAGCUCAGACGACCCAUCAUAACACCUCACGUGUCUUACCGGCCCGAUCAUGGGCCGGGGCUAUUCCAACUCUGCUCACACACGAGGCUUUGGAUACGUUAUGUCGAGCAACCGUCCACCCACAAAAAGAAAUUCCAGGUCCGGAAUUGAGCCCUCUGGAAAGAUUCCUCGGUUCGGUGUUUAUGCGUCGACAGUUGCAACGAAUUAUUCAUCAGGAGGAGAACCUAACCGCAAUCACUUCCAAUGAACCCGGUGUGGUCCUGUUCAAGGCAGACAAUCUGCAGUACCAGGUGUUUUUGAAUCCGAAUCACAUGCAGUCGUUACACAUGAAAAUUACGCAAAUUUCGAUGGGACCCACAAUGGAUGGUAAACCACCGUACCAGUGGUCUGCCGAAGAUCUCCAGAUUCUCGAACAGUUCUUCGAUCAACGUGUAGCUGCUCCGCCGUACCGGCCGGCUGUUGUCACUAGCUUCACUCGCAUGUUGAAUUUACCCUCGCAGGUGAUGAAAGAUUUUAUCCAAAUCAUGCGGCUGGAUCUGCUUCCGGAACUCGGCCAGGGCAACAAAUGGAACGUGCAAUUUAUCCUCCGUAUGCCGCCGUCAGCAACGCCAAUCGUUCCCGUUGGAACCACCACCAUACUGUUACACCGACAGAAAAUACUCUUCUUCAUUCAAAUUACCAGAGUGCCUUAUCUCCCCAAUAUGGAGUGGAAGGACUCGGUCACCAUGCUUCUUCCGAUGGUCUACGACAUGACAGUUAACCAUACCCAGCUGGCGGAACGACGCGAGCAAGUUACACCGCAGCUUACCAGCGCUGUCAGCGCACAUCUUCGACGAUUUGUUGAGUGCACCGUCCUUCAGCCGGGCGAAUGUUCGCUCUUUCCGGCUGUCCGAGAUUUACUGAUGAAUUUGACCCUUCCAAAUGAACAACCUCCUCCCGGACAAAUGCCAAAUCAGAUUGGACCGAUGGGUGGCAUGCAGCCAGGACCAGGUCAAAUGGUAGGUCAGAUUACACCGUCGCCGGUUGGUGCUCAAGUUGGAUCCAGUCCGAAUCCGAUGAUGCACUCACCAAUGCAGAUGGGAGCUGCCGGACAGCAACCGAACUAUGGUGGUAUGGUUGGAGGUGGUGGUUCACAACCAGGUGGACCAGGAACCGGGGGACCCAACUGAGAAUCGUUGCAAGAGUGGUUUGAAAAAUUAAGACGUAAACUUUGAUUACCACAAAAUGGUACUUUCUGUGUUGAGAAAGUGAAAUAUGGAUAUCAAAUUUUGACAUCUGCAGUAAAUCAUAAUAGUAUAAUAAUAAACAUUUCAUUGUA